CUUUAGCAUCAUGUUCAACUUCGUUGAUUCGAAAUUGGCCCCAAAGGUUUCUUGCAAAUCACCAGCAACUGAAAAUUACGAGGUUGAUAAUCUUAUCAGCAGUAAUUCCGUGGACAGGAUUCGGGGAUUUAUUUCGUAUCCUUCAAUUAAACCACCUGUAGAUGUAGAAUUUGUUUUUUUAUGUCCUGUUAAUAUCCACUACAUUGUGUUGAAUACAACUGUAGGAAAUCAAAAAUGUAGUGGUAUAGAAUUAUUUGCAAAAACGGAACAUUUAGAUUACUCGUCCAUUGGAAAAUCCGUUUACAAUGCUGCUGGGGUAAUAUUCUGUAAUAGUAGAAAGUAUUCAAAAUAUGAUUCAUAUCCAAAUUUUAAUACCUCUUUCCAAAAAGUUUUUUUCAAAUCUGAUACCUUUAAAUAUUUCUUGAAUGCUACGGGAAUAAAAGUGUUAAUUUUUCGUACAGAUAAAUCAGUGCCUUGCCUCGGAAGUGUGGAAGUUUGGGGCAUUCCUUCAAAAACAUGUUCCAAAGUUACUGUAAAUACUAUUACUAAACUUGCUACUAACAGAUGUACUGAAUUUUCUCCUACGCAAACUAUUAAAACUGAAGAGUUCAUAAUUCCAGAAGAUUUUAAAGAUGAUUUAACAUAUGAAAUUAUGACCAUACCUAUGACCUUACCAUGUGGAAAAACUAUAGAUCAAAGUACAUUAGAGAAACAUUUAGAAAGUGAAAAGUGUUUUGGUAGAAAACCAUGUGAUCCUUUCACAGGUGUUAAGUUUAAUGAUAGUUUAAAACCAGUGAUGAAUGUAGCAUUAAAAAGUAGAAUAGACAUGUUUAUGCUACAGAACUCCCAUAGGCCAGAAUUACUUAAUACAAAAAGAAUAUUAGGACGUGCUAUUAGUAAUUCUAGUGAAAGUGAUACUUCAAGAGAAAGAAUGUCAGUUCAAUGUGAUGAGGGUGAUUUGGAGGUAGCAAUAGCUAAUGCUAAAAGAAGUGCAAACUUCACUAUAUUUACUAGUGACGAGUCAAAUAGUACUAUCAAUAAGUGUGGUGCGUGUAAGACUGAAUCUAAUUUUUUGUAUAAAAUUCUCUGCAAUCAUCUAUUUUGUAGAUCAUGUUUAUUGGAGCUUUGUCAAAGUUUGGUCUGCUCAAUUUGUAAUAAAAGUUUUGUUAAAAACGAUGUUAAAAAAUGUUACUUUUAAGGAUAUAACACAAUAAAAUUGUCUCUUUGAAAUUACAGGUUACUUUUAUAUUAUAUUAAUUGUAUUUAAAUAUUUAAAUAAAGUUUUAAACAAA